AUAAGGAAGUCAGAGCCCAACAGUUAGAGAAGCAUUGUUGGCAAUAAUGAGGGAUCAGAAAGCCAAUUUUUAUUCUUCCCAAUCCCGGCGCUAGAGAUGAGUUCGCAGCAGAACUGAAGGAGAGAAAAAACAUUGAACCGUUGAACAAGACCAGACCUAUUUUUUGUAUAAUCUGAGUUUUGAGUUCUGAGAGAGAGAGAGAGAGAUGGAGGAGAGCGGGAUUCGAGGGAAAUUGGAGGAGAGAGAAUCAAAUGAUAUGCCGUCGACACCGCCCAUCGAUCAAGUUUCUCAUCUGGCUCUCGACAUCGGAGGCUCUCUCAUCAAGGUUGUGUAUUUCUCAAGUGAUUGUAACUGCUCAGUUGAUGAUGAUCAGGACAAGAGGCUUCCUGAGAAGAAUUUGGGUAUUGCCAGUGCUAAUAGAAACUACUGUACUCUCAGUGGGAGGCUUAAUUUUGCCAAGUUUGAGACGCACAAGAUUGAUGACUGCUUAGAAUUCAUUUCAUCCAAACAGCUUCAUCGCUGUGGGAUCCAGAUGAAUUCAGAUGGUUGGCAACAUGAGGCUCUUGAAUGUGACAAGAAUAUUAUUAAGGCCACAGGUGGUGGGGCAUUCAAGUUUGCAAAUCUAUUCAAAGAAAAGCUUGGCGUUAGUCUUGACAAGGUAGACGAAAUGAAUUCUCUUGUUGCUGGAGCAAAUUUUCUUCUAAAGGCGGUCUCCUCCGAAGCUUUUACAUACAGAGAUGGUCAGAAGGAGUAUGAGCAGAUUGACCAUAAUGAUUUAUAUCCCUAUCUCCUUGUUAAUAUUGGCUCUGGUGUCGGCAUGAUAAAGGUAGAUGGAGACAAGAAGUUUGAGCGAGUCAGUGGAACUAGUGUUGGUGGUGGCACCUUUUGGGGUUUGGGGAAGCUUUUAACCAAGUGCAAGAGUUUUGAUGACUUGCUGGAGCUUAGUCAUAAGGGAAACAAUAGAGUAAUAGACAUGCUUGUUGGAGACAUCUAUGGUGGAAUGGACUAUACAAAGAUUGGCCUUUCAUCAACAGCCAUUGCUUCUAGUUUUGGCAAGGCGAUUUCUGAGAAUAAAGAGCUUGAAGACUACAGACCUGAAGAUGUUGCUCGGUCACUCUUAAGAAUGAUUUCAAAUAAUAUUGGGCAGAUUGCUUACUUGAACGCUCUUCGGUUUGGACUAAAGCGAAUAUUUUUUGGAGGAUUUUUCAUUCGAGGCCAUGCUUAUACAAUGGACACAAUUUCUGUUGCAGUCAAUUUCUGGUCAAAAGGUGAGGCAAAAGCAACAUUUUUGCGGCAUGAGGGGUUCCUCGGAGCAUUGGGAGCGUUCCUGAGCUACAAAGGGCAUGGUCUUGAUGGCUUGAUGACCCAUCAGCAAGUGGACUCGCUCCCCAAAAGUGUAUGUUGGAAUGGAGAUGAGCUUCGCAGUUCAGUUUUUGGGAAUCUGAAUGAAAAUGGGAGUAUCGAAUGCAGUGUGCAGCUUAGCAACUGAAGUAUCUAAUCGGAUUAACCCAAUGGUAGGUGUCUUUCUCACCGUGUCCCCGCAGAUUUAAGGUUCAAAUCACACCAGUCUCCCUUCCUUGUUUGUACUAUGACACCCCCCACCCCCCACCCCCCCCCCCACCCC